UAGGAGAGGGGAUGAUUGGAAUGAAUAAUGAAACCUGAAGAUAUACUGUAGUGAUUUUGCAGUCUUAAUGGUUGAUGGAGUCUUUAAAGUGAUCUUACAGAAGAGUCUUCCAUUUUUCCUCUUGCCCAGCUCCCAAAAUGUGCUUCUGUGGUAAAAUAGGCAAUAUAUUCUGAGCUAUCGCUUUGCAUCUGAGUUUCUUGGCUCUACCUGUAGGUUGUGGUUGUUGCACUGCACUAUUUAAGUUGACAGAAAUUGCUGAUGUUUUAUUAUUUCUGUUAAUUAUUGUGAGAUCUCAUUUCAGUCUUAUGAGCUUUGAUUGCUGGAAGCUGCGAUUUAGUAGAACGAAGAUAUAAGUUGGUACUUGGUAUUUCUGUGUGAUGAAAAUUGUGCUUUCUAAGUAUUCAGAAUUAACUUCAUUUAAUGAAAAGUUUAUCUUAAUAGUUGUGGUUUUUUGGUUUUUUUUUGUCUUUUUUUUUUUUGUUACUGUCUGGGGAAGUCAUUAGACAGUAGGCAGUGACAUUUGAGAUCCAUGCAGUAUGAUCAAGAAGGUGCUUACCUAUUUGGAGGAGAGAAAGAAAAGAGUGAACUUCCUGCUGAAAGGGAAAAUGAGAAGAAGUAGUUUCUUGAAGAAAAAUAAUAACUUAAGAAAAUCCAAUUGCUUCAUACAUCAUGCGAGAGAACUGUAUAGUAUAUGAUAACAUGAAACUUCAAAUAGAAGUGUCACCAUGUGAGUCUAGCCAAGGAAUUUUAUCGUGUCCUCAGUCUUCAGUGUGAUAUUCAGAUAUUAUUGCUGUAGCCAGAGGUGUGGUGGUCUGAUUUAGUCCUUAGGUUGAGACUAAGGAAUUAAGGGCUGGGUGUUACUUGUUUUCUUUUGUUUGAUUGCUUCUUUGGUUUGUAAAGGUGGUGAGGCUUCUCCUUCCCCUGAAGUACUGCAUUCAUAGAACCUGAAUUACUUUAUCUCCCUGGGUUUGAGACACUAUUAAGUAGUUUGUUCCUGAUGGUAAUCUGUAGUAACAAAGGUAACUUCUUUCUAAAAUGACUUCUUAAAAAAGUUUUUCCUUUGCUGCUGGUACUGCGUAGUUUGACGAUCUGCUUCCCAGAACAGUGGUGCAGUUCUUCAGGGCAGCAGCCAAGCACUUGAGAGGCUUCAUUCCCCAAGUUUCACUUCUAUCUUUUGCAUUCCUGAAAUGGAAGAAGUGAGAUCUGAGUAGCUGUGCUUUGUAAGAGGCUUUAGGGAGAUGUGUCCUAAUGGUGGACUGUGGUUGGAGUCCAGUAAAUCAGUGAAUUGGCUCUGUGUGUUAAAAGACUCACAGGUACAACCAAAAGCAAUGGCAGGCCACUGAGAGAUUCAUAAAUCAUGCGAGAGAGCUGUAAAGUAUAUGAUAACAUGAAACUUCAAAUAGAAGUGUCACCAUGUGAGUCUAGCCAAGGAAUUUUAUCGUGUCCUCAGUCUUCUGAGGACAUCUUCCUGAUGCUUUCUGCUCUCUGUUUCUGUGGCUGGUAGUGCUUUCGGUUGCUUUGACUCUCAGGCAUUAUCACUGAAUGUCACUGAAAUUGCAGUAAUGGAAGUUAUUUUCUUAGAGGUUUAAAAUCAUGUAUUGGCAAUCAGAUGCUGGUGGUAUUUAUGCUUAGUGAUUGGUAGAUAAAAUAGUUUUCUGUAUCUGUCUGAAUUAUACUGCGGGUCUGUAAUUGUGGGCUGCAUGAGGAAUACAUGCUGACUUUUAAUGAAAUGCUUUACCAUUUUUAAGAAACUGUGUAAUCAACGAGAGGCUAUAAUACUGAAUGGACAAUAUUCGUGUUUUCUUUUCAGUAAUGAGAUGAAGUGGAUUACCAAUGCUUCAAACACAAGUUUUGUUCUUCAAUUUUAAUUCUGAAAGAAGAACUGUUAUUAAUUCUCUGAACAGACUUAAGGAUCAGUUCGACAACUUAGACAAGCAUACUCAGUGGGGCAUUGACUUCUUGGAGAAAUAUGCAAAAUUUGUAAAAGAAAGGAUAGAAAUUGAGCAAAACUAUGCAAAGCAACUGAGAAAUCUGGUUAAGAAGUACUGUCCUAAACGUUCAUCCAAAGAUGAGGAACCCAGGUUUACUUCAUGUAUUGCUUUUUUUAACAUCCUUAACGAGCUGAAUGACUAUGCAGGACAACGUGAAGUCGUUGCAGAAGAAAUGGGACACAGAGUCUAUGGAGAAUUAAUGAGAUACUCACAUGAUCUAAAAACUGAGAGAAAAAUGCAUCUUCAGGAAGGACGAAAGGCUCAGCAAUAUCUGGACAUGUGCUGGAAACAGAUGGAUAAUAGUAAAAAGAAAUUUGAGAGAGAAUGCAGAGAGGCAGAGAAGGCACAGCAAAGCUACGAAAGACUGGACAACGACACUAAUGCGACAAAGGCUGAUGUUGAAAAGGCUAAGCAACAGUUAAACCUGCGUACACACAUGGCUGAUGAAAACAAAAAUGAAUAUGCUGCACAACUACAGAAUUUUAAUGGUGAACAGCACAAACACUACUACAUUGUCAUUCCUCAGAUUUACAAGCAACUUCAAGAAAUGGAUGAAAGAAGGACUAUCAAACUUAGUGAAUGUUACAAAGGCUUUGCUGACUCUGAGCGCAAGGUUAUUCCAAUCAUCUCCAAAUGCUUAGAGGGGAUGAUCCUUGCAGCAAAAUCAGUUGAUGAACAUAGAGACUCCCAGCUAGUGAUAGACUGCUUCAAAUCUGGUUUUGAACCUCCUGGAGAUUUUCCAUUUGAAGACUACAGUCAGAAUAUUUACAGAACUAUCUCUGAUGGAACCAUCAGUACACCAAAGCAGGAAGGAAUGAGAAUUGAUUCAAAAACUACAGUGGGCAAGGCAAAAGGAAAGCUGUGGCUAUUUGGAAAAAAGCCAAAGCCACAGUCCCCACCCCUAACCCCUACUAGUUUAUACAUAUCCAGUACUCCUAAUGGGUCCCAGUAUCCCAUAUUCUCCAUUGAACCAGUGCAUUAUUGCAUGAGUGACAUAAAAACAGGGAAGCCCAGAAUUCCUUCUUUCAGAAGCCUCAAAAGAGGGUGGUCGGUGAAGACGGGCCCUGCACUGGAAGACUUCAGCCACCUUCCUCCAGAACAGAGACGCAAGAAACUUCAGCAGAGAAUUGAUGAACUCAACAGAGAACUACAGAAGGAAACUGACCAAAAAGAUGCCCUCAUCAAGAUGAGAGAUGUUUAUGAAAAAAAUCCCCAGAUGGGUGAUCCAAGCAGUUUACAGCCAAAGUUAGCUGAGACAAUGAGCAACAUGGACCGCCUGCGGAUGGAAAUACACAAGAAUGAGGCCUGGCUCUCUGAAGUUGAAGGAAAAGUAGCAGCCAGAACUGACAGGCGACACAGCAGUGAUAUCAACCACCUUGUAACACAGGGCAGAGAGAGCCCUGAAGGGAGUUACACAGAUGAUGCGAAUCAGGAAGUCCGAGGCCCACCACAGCAGCACGCGCAUCCAAAUGAGUUUGACGAUGAGUUUGAAGAUGAUGAUCCAUUACCAGCUAUAGGACAUUGCAAGGCAAUAUAUCCUUUUGAUGGUCAUAAUGAAGGCACUCUGGCAAUGAAAGAAGGGGAAAUUUUGUACAUUAUUGAGGAGGACAAAGGAGAUGGGUGGACAAGAGCUCGAAGACAAAAUGGAGAGGAAGGCUAUGUACCAACAUCUUAUAUAGAUGUAACGCUAGAGAAAAACAGCAAAGGUGCAGUAACCUAUAUCUAACAGUAAAUUGGCAACUUUCAAGUGUACGUUUUCCAGGGAAAAUAGUGGAAAAAUAGUAAGUCAGGCAGGUUCAUGGAAAGCAUGAGAAUAACAGAAGUCAGGAAUGGCCUAUUGUUUGCAAUGUGAGUUUGCUGUAGCUUUUCUAGAGAUAACAGCAUUAAAUUGGUCCAUAAUUCUGGCUAAUGCUUUCUGCUUUGUUCACUGAUAAAAUGUUCCUGCUCUAUAAAGCACUAAAUCCAAUUCAGCUAUAAAAUGGAGAAAGACCAGGAUUCCUGCUUGUUCUGUACAAUACUUUGUCUUUACAGAGAACUGAAAAAUUACUUUAGUUUUGAAGACCUCUCAGAUACACUGUUCACUUCCCUGACUUAAAACUAUAUGCUUAAACGAGUGUUUUAUCCCUCUACUAACUGAAUUCAGUUACUGAAAAUUAUUAUUUCCUUUCUUAGCAAAUACUUGGCAUCUUUCACUUCUUAAACAGGAAGAUCUUUUCUGAAUCAAAAAGCUCAACAAAAUUACUCAGGAAGAAAACAGUAUGAUUAAAAAGGACAGAAGGUCCACUGACCUGCCUCUCCUUCCCUUGCUGUAGUUCUCAUGUAGAACGUUGUGUAUGGGACACAACUGCAUUGUUUUAACUAUACACACCUUGAACCAGAAAAAAAUCCAACAACAACAAAAGCCACAUUUAAUUAAUUCUUGGUGUUUUACUCAAUUUUAACCUCCAUUUGCUCCUGAAAAGGGAACGAUUUUAGAUUCUUAAUCUGUGCCUGUAAGUUGUCUUUGAAUUAUAUCAUGUUUAGUUUGAAAUCAAGGUUUUUCUUUUUUAAACUAAUUCUGUUCCACUCACUGUUAAAUCAUUGAGGCUUGGAAACUGCAUUGCACUACUUGAUUUCAUCUAGAAACUAUUGCUGGUAUUUCUAAUGUGAAUUUAUGAGAGUAAUACAAGGCUAGUGUAUAGCCACUGAGAAUGGCCUGUUAGAACUGAGCACGCUUCCCUGUCUUCUAAAGGCCUUCAGUAACUUUGUUCUUUUCUUUUUCCUCUUGGACUGCAGGUUCCUGAAGCGGGUUUCUGAGAAAAUGGGCGAGAUCUUGAAGGAGGUUACAUGCAGCUGCUUGGGGCGGGGGGUGGGAGGGAGGUGUUAGACUGGGAUGCCCAUUGAACAAGGGGAAAAGCUAGUUGCAUGAAUGCAUGCAGACAUACAUUUAGUCACUAACAUUCUUAGCAUUUCCAUACGUAACUAAGGAUGUAUUACAAAUUCUUAAAUUUGUGCAGGAAAAUAGGAUUCCAUUACCAGAGUAAAAAGGCAUCUCUUCCUAAAACCGCAUUAUUUUCGUUGUCAUAGGUGGUCAAAGAGGCCCGUACUAUAUUUUAGCUCAUGCUACAUUCUGGUUGGUUUGGUUAUACUCUUUCCUACUCAUUUUAAAUGGCAGUCAUUUAGAACCGUGUCAGCUACCAGUCUGCCUGCACCACCUCCAUGCUCGCCCUUAACCUCCUCUUGCAUGCCUAGGACAGUCAGGCAUAUCUGCAUAACGCUUGUUUGACAUCAUUGCUUCUCUUACUUUGUAACAAAUCAUUCUCUUUAAAUACUUUCAGUACUAGAGUUUCAUCCAGUAUCCAUGUAUGCUGCUAUAACUUUUCCACUACAACCAUCGUUACAUUCCAGUUUUUAGCAUAACCGGUAAGAGACCGUAAUGUAUUUAUGUUAUGUUGAUUGGGGAAAUGAUACAUCCCAGCUCUAACCUACAAUGCAGUCAGGAGAAACUUCUAGACCUGUGGUCCAUCUUCAGCACUUCAGUAACCUACUGUCAGCACUGAAAACCUGGAACACCGCCAGAGAGAUUCACCACUGCGAGCUAAUGACUGUUUUUAGAAGUCAACCACUUGCCAUUCUACUGCUGCCUUAAACUAUAGUGCCUAAAUCUGUUGUUGCCAACACUACCACUUACAGUAUCUCACGAAGGGCUUUGUGUCUCAGCUCUUUCCACAGUGCUGCAGCUGCUGAGGUAGACAUGGUAGGUGUUUUGUAGAGCUCUACUUUACAGGAUACAUGGUGCAUCAUGAAUUUUAUACAUUGGGAUGUGUAUCUCUUAAUUUGAUUUUAAUAUUUUUAAAACUAUUUUUAUGGAAACUCUUUUAGUUUUUUGACUAUGAAGUUCCAAUUUUAAUUAAAUUACUGCAGUGCUAGUCCGUUUCUAGGUGAUGCUUCAUUGUAUGGACCAGUUGAAAUUUGAGUGAUACUUCGUAAUGAUCUAUGUGCACUUUUACUUGUAAACAAUUGAAAUUUGGAUAUGUUUAUACGUGUAAAUAUAGUUGUCUGCAGUGCCCCUGUU